AUGGAAUCGAUGCCCGUCACGAAUGAUGCGGCCGGGCAGCCCAUGUCUACGCAUAACAAAGUGCUUACGACCGGUGCGGCUGCGACCCAGGACUUUGCGCCUCUGAAAAAUGUGUGCGCUCAUCUCAACGCAUUUCACGCUUACGCCAACGAACCGAGUCGGUUCGUCGAGGCGAACCACUACUGUGCUCAUCUGAACGAUGAGGUUCGACAGUGCCUCCUCUACGACUCGGAUGGGCCCAAGGCACGUCUGAUUGGGAUCGAAUACAUGGUUACGGAAGCUCUGUAUGAGACGUUGCCGCCCGAGGAACGUCGUCUUUGGCAUUCUCACGUGUACGAGGUCAAGUCAGGCAUGCUCAUCAUGCCGAAUCGCGUUGUUCCAGAAGGUGUCUGGCGAAUUGCCGAGAACGACGAGAUGGAGCAGGUCGUCAAGCUGUACGGCAAGGUCUACCACCUGUGGCAAACCGACAAAGGCCAUCGCCUCCCGCUCGGCGAGCCACAGCUGAUGACAAGCUUCACCGCAGACGGCCAGUUUGAUUUUGAAAAGCACGUCGGCGAAAGAGACAAACGAUUUGGGUCGGACUACAAGGACAAGGCCGAGGCUAGGAAGCACAUUGAGGAACCAAAGGUGCAUCCAGAUGCAGAUAUGACCUGGAAGAAGACAUAA